AUGCACACUGGUGAGGUCAAGAAGGGUGUUCCGAAUAGGGUGUUAAGGUGCUUAAUGGAGCUUUGGAGCCAUUUGGGAGAAGGAGUGUCGGAGACGUCAAGACAAAGAGCAACCAGGAUGCGAACCAGGAUCAGAAACCCGUUUGUCGCCUUACAAGCUUUCUUGACCAAGAAGAGAGUUGACCAUGCCUUAAUGAAACGCAGCGUUCUGGAGCUUAAAUCUUGGGGAAGGAAAGAAGAAGGGUUUUAG